UUUCUGAUCUCCUAUUGGCUAGUACCCACUUGGCCACGUCGCGUAUUACUCGCCAUUUUCCUCCCUCAUCUACGAGAGAUACAAUUACUUAAUUCUCAUCAAAAAACUAAAACGCUUCUAUUUUUUUGUUACUGGAGACGAUUUUUUACCUAAUCGUAUAGUCUUAGUUGCGCUUAUUUGUACUGGAGCUCCUGGAAACAUGAAUAUUUUCAGGCUAACCGGCGAUCUGUCCCACUUAGCAGCCAUCAUCAUUCUGCUGCUAAAAAUAUGGAAAUCCAGGUCCUGCGCCGGAAUUUCUGGAAAGAGUCAGGUCUUGUUUGCCUUGGUCUUCACCACUCGCUACCUGGACCUGCUCACGUCCUUCAUCUCCCUCUACAACACCAGCAUGAAGAUCAUCUACAUCGGAUGUGCCUACGCCACCGUUUACCUGAUCUACGUCAAGUUCAAGGCCACUUAUGAUGGAAACCACGAUACAUUCAGAGUGGAGUUUCUCGUGGUUCCUGUGGGCGGCCUUGCUUUUCUGGUUAAUCACGACUUCUCCCCCCUGGAGAUCCUGUGGACCUUCUCCAUCUACCUGGAGUCGGUGGCCAUCCUGCCCCAGCUCUUCAUGAUCAGCAAGACGGGCGAGGCGGAGACCAUCACCACACACUACCUGUUCUUCCUGGGACUGUACAGGGCGCUGUACCUCCUCAACUGGAUAUGGAGGUUCUACUCCGAGGGCUUCUUUGACAUGAUUGCUAUUGUGGCCGGGGUGGUGCAGACCAUCCUCUACUGCGACUUCUUCUACUUGUACAUAACCAAAGUUCUAAAAGGCAAGAAGCUGAGUCUGCCAGCAUAAGAGCCAAAGAGGAGCGUCACGGCAGACUGACGGGGGGGAGGAGGGGCCGGUACAAGGAGAUGCAGCGGACACCACCACCACCACUCCCUCCUAGCAAGAUGCCUGAGACACACGGCUAGCACGGCAGCAGAUCCAGCAUCACCGCAUCUGCACUUAGCUUGCCGAAUGUCUCUGAUGCAUCUUCUUCCACCUUUUUAAUUACUUUGUAUAAAGAAAAUGUGGAAAGUGUUUUUCUACACUCGACAGUUGUCAAAAUUGUCCUUCAUUUAGCCUUGUAUAAAGUCCAAACACUUUUGCGGUGGUAUUGACUGGUUGAAAUGGCACGCUGAUGAUGUACCAUCACGCACGUUUUACGAAGCAUCACGCUUCAUCCUCCAUGCUCCGGCGGGAAACUAAUUCCUUACUUUGAGCACUUUGCACCACAGAGUGUUUGCCCCACUGGAGGAAAUGGCAUCUCACACAACCUUGGAUGGAAAUGGUCCAACCGUUUUUUUCUUUCAAUAUUCUGACUUCCAUCUCAAAUAUUUGGCUUUUGUCCAGAAAUUGACAACUUUUUUCCCUCAAAAUCCAAAAGACUGGGAGAAUAAAGUUGUACGUUUACAAGAGAAAAAUGUUACAAGAAAAGUUUCAAUAUUAGGAAAGAAGUAGUAAAUUGACUAGAAUAAAGUUGAGAAUUUACAACUGUUUUCUUGUAAUAUUACCAUUAUAUAUUAUAAUCUUUUAAUUGUAAUAUUACCAUAAUAAUCUGAGCUUUCUUGUAAUAUCCCACCUAUUUUUUUCCCGUCUAAAUUUGUCUUUUUUUCAAUACAUUUGCGACUUUUUUUUUCCCCCAAGUCUCAGAUGUGAGAAUCAUUCAUCCUUUUUCUAUGCCGCUUAUCCCCACUCGGAUGGCAGGUAUGCUGGAGCCUAUCCCAGCUGUUUUGGGCUUGUUGGGCAAGUUGUAAAUUUGACUUAUUCUCAUAAUAUUACAACUCUUUUUUUCAUAGUAUGACUUUCUGCAUUGCAACUUUAUUCUCAUCAAAGUACAACUUUUUUUUCUUGUCCAUUUACAACUUUAUUCCUGUAAAUUUGACUUUGAAACCUCUUUUUCUCAUCUUAUUUAUUGAGGAAAUUGUCAGUUGUCUUUCAAUGUGGCUCUAAUACUCUGUGGUAAGUAUGCAUUCCCGUGUAAAAGGCCAUCAUCCUUUGUCCAUGUGACUAAGUCAGAAAAAGCAUGAUAGACGCUUGCAGUUGUCUUAUUGAAAUGCCUUGACAGUUGUCGUGCUCCAUGUCGUUGAAUGAAUUGGUUGUACGGCAAAUACUGUCACACGAUAGACUGUAUACCUGUCUCAAAUUCCUUAUGUUGUAUUUUCUCACGUGCAAGACAAACUCAUGUGCUGAUAGAAAAAAAAUGGACGGCAGGGAAGGACUUUUUCAAACUUUUUUCAGUAUAGGCACAGGCAUAUUUAUUUUGAUCUUACUAGUUUCCAGGAAACAAGGAAGUCCAUGGAAUUGUCCCACAAAUAUUGUUCACUCUUCCUACUCUUACACUGAAUCCAUUUGUUCAAACUCCCGCUUUUCUUGUCAUGCCAGUAAAAUCAUCUUUUCAUUUCCUAUGAGAAGUUUUCAACAAGUUGCCAUUGCCGCCACAAAUAAAUGUUUUUAUAAAAUGG